CAAUAGACUGACAAACAACAUUAUUCAGRCAACACCCUCAACUCAUCUCAACUYCURAAGACAUGGAAUCGUUUGUUGAAGAUCUUAAGAARGAACUCCAAUGUUCCCUGUGUAAUGAUACUUUCAGUGAACCAAAGGUCUUGUCUUGUUUCCACACAUUUUGUAAGCCUUGCGUCAAACGACACGCCGAGCAAGUCGACCAAAUCAACAUCUUCAAGUGUCCACGAUGCAAAUCACAAACAUCUCUACCAGAACUAAGCAGCGUUGAAGAUCUACAGCCUAGUCUAAUACAUUCAAGAAUCUUGAAGGGUCUGGCGUUGUUAGAAGGAGAAAAGGCUUGUUCUGUUUCUGAGAGUCAUUCGUCAGCUUCUUGGUAUUGUUUUGACUGUGAUCGCUCGACGUGUGAUGAAUGCGAGAAGAGCCAUUCAGUGUUUAUCAAAGAUCACAAGGUCGUUCGYCUSGCKGAUUUGAAGAAAGAAGAUAUUGAGUUCAUAAUAWCRAGAGAAAACCCUUGCACAAGUCACCCUCAUCACAGGCUAGAGUUCUUUUGUGAAGUUUGUGAUGCAAUGAUUUGCGGAACAUGCUUGAAACACGAUCACAGAAAUCAUAAGACAAUGUCAUUGAAUAAGUUUGCUUCGAUCAAGAAAGCUGUAUUGUCAAAGCAUCUGCAGGUACUAGAGCAGUUGAGAUUAGAUGACAAGGAAAAGCAACAAGAAAAGAUUGCUGACACAAUCAAACAACAAGGAGAAAAGGCAAAAAAAGAAGUCAAAGACAAAACCAAGAAGAUCAUCCAAAUACUACAAGACAACGAACGAGAAUUGCUGAGACAAAUCGAUGAGAAGUUGGAUACAGCCACAACAAACUUGAAUAUAAUUCAUCAUAUUCCAGCCRUCAAGGAAUACAUCAAGAAUGUGAUGGAAAGAGGACUGGCAAGUSAAAUGAUGAACAUUCAAGAGACACAAUGCUCUCAGAAAGUCAUCUUCAAUCCCAUUCCACCACGCUCUAGAAUACAAUAUGUUGCUAAUGAAGAGCUGAUGCGACAAGUGAAUUCAGGGCUGGGAGAAAUACAGACUUGUUCCAAAACAGACCAUACAAAGAGUUCUAUUCAGGUAAAAUCUGAAACAAAAGCUUUAAAGAAAGAAAGUCUUAUAUUGACGACUAAAAGCUCUACUUAUUUAAGAGGUAUAGCAGUAAACAGAGACAAUAGUAGGAUCGCUGUUUCAAAUGAUUCUUCUCACUGUGUCCAUGUAUUCACCACUGAUGGAGAUCUCUUACUGACGUAUGGUAGUCAAGGUAGUGCACAGGGACAACUUUAUCAUCCUCAAGGUUUAGCAUUUCUGAAUGAUACAGAUUUAGUCAUAGUAGACUUUGGUAAUCAUAGAAUAUGUAUAGUGAAUACUACAACAGGGACAUUGGAAAAAAUAUUUGGUAACAAAGGUAACGGUGAUGGAGAGUUUCAAUAUCCUUGGGGUGUACACGUUGAUGACGAUGGUAACAUCAUUGUGUGUGAUACAGGUAAUCAUCGUGUUCAAGUCUUCACAAGAGACGGUGACUAUCAAUAUCAGUUUGGUUUGACAACACAGGACAAGUUUAUUCCAUAUGAUGUGAUAACACAUGAUGGACUGUUUUACAUCAGUAAUGGUUAUAAUCACGUUAUUCAUGUAUUUGAGAAGAAAGGUAACGUACCGACUAGAAUAUCGACGAUUGGUGGUAAAGGCAGUGCUGGUGGUCAGCUGAAAGGACCAUGGGGCCUGGCUGUUGAUAAUGACCAUCAUCUACUKGUGUGUGAUAAUGAAUAUAGACAGACAAACAACAUUAUUCAAACGACUCCCUCAACUCGUCUCGUCUCAACUCCUGAAGAUAUGGCACCGUUUGUACGGUGUAAUUCUCGGGACUGUAAUGAACGCUCCUCUUGGUAUUGUGAUCAAUGUAAGCGUUGGAUGUGUGAUAAAURCGAGGGGGUCCACUCAAUGCUUGAGAAUAAACACAAGGUAGUUUAUCCGACGACGAACGAGGAUUUUGAGAAKAUAGAUGAGCAUCAAAUGAACGAGACGAGGUUCACAGCAGGCAAUACGACGGGCACUAUUAAGGUGAAGUCUGAGACAGAAGCUUUAAAGACAGAAAGGUUGAUAGUGACGACUASAUCAGGAGAACUCAACCAUAAUCUAAUGCAUGUUCAAUUCAGGCCUGAAGGAAAUGUGACAAUAGAAAAGCAAGAUGUGAGAACUGAUGGUAAAGUAGAAUUUAAAUUCAUGGCUAAAGUAGCUGGUCGGUUGACAGCAGAGGUUCAAGUGAAUGGGAAUCAUGUAUCUAACAGUCCACUAGUGGUGAAUGUCAAGCCACAAGAGAUGAGGAAAACAGGAAGUUUUAACAUUAAAGGUGUAAAUAUAGGAACUAGUGAAAUAGGAGGUAUAGCAGUAAACAGAGACAAUAGCAGGAUCGCUGUUUCAGAUGUUUCUUCUCACUGUGUCCAUGUAUUCACCACUGAUGGAAAGCUCUUACUGACGUAUGGUAGUCAAGGUAGUGCACAGGGACAAUUGAAAAAUCCUCAAGGUUUAGCAUUUCUGAAUGAUACAGAUUUAGUCAUAGCUGACUGUAAUAAUCAUAGAAUAUGUAUAGUGAACACUACAACAGAGACAUUGGUAAGAAACUUUGGUAACCAARGUCACGGCGAUGGUCAGUUUUAUCAUCCGUUGGGAGUACACGUUGAUGAAGAUGGUAACAUCAUUGUAUGUGAUCGUGGUUAUCGUCGUGGUCAAGUCUUCACAAKAGACGGUGACUAUCRAURUCAGUUUGGUUUCACACCACAGGACGUGCUUUUUUUUASUGAUGUGAUAAGACAUGAUGGACUGUUUUACGUCAGUGRUGGUYKUAAUMRGGUUAUUYAUGUAUUUGAGAAGAGAGGUAACGUACUGACUAGAAUAUCGACGAUUGGYKGUSWAGGCAGUGCURAUGGUCAGCUGAAWGGACCAUKKGGCCUGGCUAUUGAUAAUGACCAUCAUCUACUGGUGUGUGAUUAUGGUAAUAACCGCGUACAAAAAUUUACAUUGGAUGGUCGUUUUGUAGGAAAGACUUGGGAUAAUGUAAUCAAGAAACCUCGAUAUAUAACUGUUUUAAAUGGCGAGUUAUUAGUUAGUACAGGGAUGACUGAUGAUGAUCAGAUCCCUACAGAUACAACUGACGAUGAUCAGUCAUCUGAUGAUGACUUUCUGAAUAUUCCUAAUGCAGAAGAUGGUCGGUUAUCAGUUCGAGGGGGUUCUGAUUGGUUAUUUGUAGAGUAGUAUUGGUAAUUUUUUCAGUAACAUAUUUGAUAAUUUAAUGAUGU